GUACCCAUCACACUGACCGGGUCUUGGUGGUUGCUGCGUGGGGUUGGAGUAGGCAGAGGAGGAGGUGGUGGUGGUGGUGGUGGAGUAGGGACAGUGGCAGGCCUAGGUUUGGGGUCAUGGCCAUGGGGGGGCCGCAUCCCGUCCUCCACUUUGCAACGGGAGAGGCGCUGGGGCUGGGGGUCUUGGGGCGGAGGUCCAUUCAGGGGAGCUCCCCGACUCUCCGAGCUCAGGCCGUGGCUAAAUGGAGGCACGGUCGGAGCGGCAGGAAGUGGAGCUGGUAGUGGUGGUGGGGGAGGAGGAGGCGUGGAGGAGAAAGGAGGCAAGGUGAGAUGUUCCCGCAGAGUCUGGGUCCUCCUCGGCUCACUUGCCGUCGUCUUCCUCACCUCGCUCUUCUUCUCCGUCUCGCUCCGUGGAGGCGUCGGCUUCAACUACCUGGAACCGCCGGGCUGGGAGGAGUCGAGACGGGUGAAGCUGGUGCCGAGCUACGUGGGUGCACACAGGCAGUCGCCACCAGACACCCCGCAGCAGAGGACAUGUGCCUGCCCACGCUGCGUCGGAGACCCUGGUGUUUCUGAUUGGUUCGAUGAGAGCUACGACCCGGAUAUCUCACCUGUUUGGACCAGAGACAACAUCCAGCUGCCGUCUGAUGUCUACUACUGGUGGGUGAUGUUACAGCCCCAGUUCAAACCCCACAGUAUCCAGCAGGUGCUCCUGAGGUUGUUUCAGGUGAUUCCAGGAAGGUCCCCGUACGGCUCGUGGGACCCAGGACGCUGUCUGCGCUGCGCCGUGGUGGGAAACUCCGGAAACCUCCGAGGGGCGGGAUACGGGGCGACCAUCGACGGACACAACCACAUCAUGAGGAUAAACCUGGCCCCCACGGUGGGCUACGAAGAAGAUGCCGGCAGCCAGACGACUCACCACUUCAUGUAUCCAGAGAGCGCCAAGAACCUGGCGGCAAACGUCAGCUUCGUCCUGGUUCCCUUCAAAACACUGGAUCUAGUCUGGAUCACCAGCGCCCUGUCCACCGGACAGAUUCGAUUUACGUACGCUCCAGUAAAGCAGUUCCUCCGUGUAGAUAAAGACAAGGUUCAGAUCUUCAACCCAGCGUUCUUUAAAUACAUACACGACCGCUGGACCAGACAUCAUGGGCGCUACCCCUCCACUGGCAUGCUGGUGCUCUUCUUCGCCCUGCACGUUUGUGAUGAGGUGAACGUGUUUGGAUUCGGGGCGGACAGUCGAGGAAACUGGCACCACUACUGGGAGCAGAACCGCUACUCCGGAGAGUUCAGAAAGACCGGCGUUCACGAUGCAGACUAUGAAGCUCAGAUCAUCCAGCGGCUGGCCAAGGCCGGCAAAAUCACUGUGUUCCCCGGGAAAUAACCAGCACAUUAAUAUAAUAUCUAAUGUUUUCAACACCUGGUACAGCAGCAGAUACUGUAGAAGCUGCUUGCGAUGUGUUUGUAUUCUGGCUUUCUUAACUGUACCUGCACCAGUUUUGGGUUUCCCAGCUGAAGUUAACCAAAUGCUCUCAGAAGGCAGGACAAACUGUGCACAAAAUGGUACCAAAAAAUAUAAUCCCAUUCAUUUCCCCUCAUCUUCGGGAGGUAGCCAGAGGCGCUGAUUGGAGAACAUGGUGUACACUCACUCAACAAAAAACCAGGACCAAGGAGCAUGUAGAUGAAACAAACUCAUGUUAGAGUAGGUGUUGAGCCUUACAUUUACAAGGGGAACAAACAGACUCUUUUCUCAAGGUUUUCCUCUGUGAGAGUAUGUUUAAGGAUGAGAGAAGAGAUGGGACAGCUGGAGAAAUAGAAAACUAAACCAAUUCACAGAAAUACUGCACAGAGGAAGCCAGAGAGGGGAAAAUCUCACAUGCAAAUUCCCCUUGUCAGAAGAUCCCAAAGUUAUAAAACGGCCACAGAAAAGGAACACCAUAAAUGUAUCUAUUUCUCCUCUAAGCUGUGGAUGGAUGUCAGCACUGUACAGCAAACAGCAUGGACACUAUGGACACUAAUUGCAGUGCUAUCAGAUGCGUACUGUUGGCAUUUGAAGACUGAAGGGCUGAGUUCCCGUCUCCUACAGGACGCGGGGCCAUGACUCCUUUUAGAAAGAUUUCUUCCUAUCAAACAUUGCAUGAGGCAAAAACCCUCACGUUGACACGUUGCCCCUUUUCUCCGUCAUAACUCCACUUCAUGUGAGCUCUGCCUCAGAUGACAGUGUGACAGGGGCCUUGUCGGACUAUGACGGGAUGUGAAAUGGUUGCUUAUAAGACGGAAGGUGAUGCUGUGAGUUUAUAUCGUAUGACUUUCCUCUAAAUUCCCCCCUCCAGGUCAGUACCACAGCUAUGCAGGGCCUCGACUGUUUCUGCCAUUCUGACUCAGAAGGCCCACUGCAGCACUGGCCUGAGCCUCAGCUUGUGUAGAGCUUUGCUUCAGUCUUUAUUCACUCAUCCCGGCACGAGGAGAAGAAGUGUUCAUGGGGAGCGCAGGUUUGGCUGCAUCAGAUUCUAAUGAGGCCAAAAAGUCCAUCUCCUGGGAUUUCAUGUUUGGAAGGAGGCAUGCUGGUUUCUGGACUAGAGUUUAAUCCCCAUGUGGUCUGUCAGAGUCUAUUUUGGGAGAGGAGGACUGUAGAGCUCGAGCGUGAAGAACCAGUCUGACUAAAGGCAGCAUGAGAAAUGCAUUAAGUUUCUCCUGUGUUUUUAAUGAUGAAACAGAAAGACGUUGGUUCCUCAGCUUGCUAGAGUGAAAUACAAACUGAACUGGGUUAACCACUUUGGUUUGGGACUGAAGUUUAAAAAGAUCUCGCUCUUGCUUUUUUUUUUUUUUGCCCCGACUGAAACUCCAGCCUGACUCCCCGGAUCCCAGAGGAGUCAGAGACUGUCCGGAGCGUUUGGCUCCUGAUUAAAGCUCAGAUGAUUGGGUGAGAGUAAAUCCCAUUGGAUCUGGGAAUUCCUCUACCUGUCAGUAGAUCGGCUUCAUUAACCACUUGCCCUAGUCCCUGCUCAGCCAAUUAAAAAUUCAGCUCAGUCUUAAGGGGACGGAGCCACCAGACGCCUUAGACUCCACCUCUGGACCGCAUCAUCUGCACUGUUUGUUCUGAUUUUCUCACUGUUUGCAUAUCUCCCUUCAGACUGCAGUGUUAGUUUCAGGUACUGUUUGAGUUUACACUUACUCAUAUUGGAUCAUCUUUUCCACCCAGGUGCCACAGUCUUUGUUCUUAACAUGAUUUUCUAUCAUCACAUUUGACCCAUAUACACAUUUACAGCCUCCAUAUCAGUGAGGGAAGAGGUGCUAGGCUGUAAGAGAAGAAAUGUGUGCCACAGAGAGGAAGGAAAGUGUUUCUCAAGAUGCAGCUGUUGUCUUACAAAGACUGCUCAUGGUUCUUACGCAGGUCUUUCAAAAUAUUGUAAAAAAUGUAUACGAGACGUAUGUAGUUAUGUAUUGAUUUGAAAGGUAAUUGACGAGUAAUAAUGUCUCAGUAGAUACCUCAUGAUCAAAAACUCACCUUCCAAACUAACUUCAAAUUACCGUAGUAGUUAUGUCAGUUACAAUAAUGAAAGUCAAAAUACAAUUACUUCUUAAAACGUAAUUAUGAAUUUUAAACAUGUCUAAAUUAUAUUACAUAUUUCUCAACAGGGUGCCGGUUUAGCUCAGCAUGUGCCUGAUUUAUAGAAGGGUCCAACUUUGACCCUCCACACCUUUGCAGCAUGUCAUCCUCCAGUUUCUGUUCUAUCUAUUACAGCAAAAAUGACACAAAAAUAUUCCCAAAUAAGCAACAGUACAGAUUUAAAGGUGCCCUGAAGACUGUUUGACCACUAUUAGUGCUAUGGAGCACUUUUUUAUUUUUUAAUGCAUGUACCACUGCUAGGGUGAGUCAGCAUUUCCAGCAUGACGACCACCAUCAAUGGGACUCCAAAGCCCCCCCGCAGUAACAGAUGGGUGACAUCACUCAGGCCUGGUGCAUUAAUAUUUACAGUCUGUGGUGUAGUUUAAUAACAGUGGAUGAUAAUGAACGAUUGAAUGCUUGUCCUUCCAUGCCACUAAUUGUUUCCAGGUAUGGCUUAAAAAACAUUCACAACUUCAAGUGUAUUAGAAUUGGUCUAACCAAGUUUUUUCUGUCUAAGCCCCGCUUAGACAGCUUAGUCCCGCCCACUUUGAAUCACUAAUACGAGCACAGACGUAUGAGACAAAAUCCAUGAAGAACAUUUUCACAGAAGUUAACAAAACUUUUGUAUUUUUUACGUAAUAUCCCAACAGUAACAAGCAGGCACAGAAAACUAUGUUUUCAGGGUCUUUGAUGCUCCUUUAAAACUCAGAAACUAGUUCAAACUUAGAGUUGACUCAGAACUUCUCCAAGGUUGUUUUCCUCUCAGGAGUCUGUGUAUCGUUCCAGUGACUCAUUAUGAAAAACCAAUCUGCCGACUAAAACGUGGUGAAGAGAAGCUGCAUAGGAACCAUGAGUGCCAGCUGCUGGAAGUUUAAUGUGAAAAUAACAUAUGUUUAUGUGUGAGAAGAGAAACUCUGUGUGUCGUUCAAAGUGAAGGAUGUCACCACACAGCAUGUAAAAACCCAUUCUUGUUGAGAUGACACACAUGUGGAGGAGUCGGGGCGUCAUUCUGCCCCCCGCAGGCGAUGUGAAGAACUGUUCCUCCUGUAUUGAUUGAGUUAUUGUAUUUAAUUUGAACAAACUUUUGAGGAUUUCAUUUAACCACUCUGGGCUCUCAUGUGUUGCCACUGUUCUUUCUUUUUCUUUUUUUUGUUGCUUUCACUGUGUUUGUCCAUCUUUGCACAUAACUGACAUGAUAUGAUGAUGUAGUGCCCGAAUCUGGACAUACUGUUUGUGUUUCUCUCUCUCUCUUUUGUCAAACACUCAAACACACACACACACACAAACACACACACAUUCAUGCUUCUGUGCCUUGUCCUGCUGCUGCUGAACGCCUCCCACCUACAGCUGCUCCAUCGGCAACACACACACCUGCCACCUUGGCAUAUUUUUAGCCACUAACACACACACUCACACACACACGUCUUCUGGCUGAGAGCUGUGCCUUCUGAGCUGUACACACACACACACACACACAGAUACACACCUACACACACUGUCUGCCUUCUGCUCGGGGUGCAGACGCCUCCCGCUCUUCACUUCUUACUGCUUUGUACACUGAUGUUGUUUUUUUAAAGAUGGCUGCAGGCUACAGAGAGGCUGUUAACUCGUGAUGCAGAGUGACUUGCUGUGGACUCAUUAGGACAUUUGCUACUUUUCUGAGCAUAUCGUGUGUAGUUUGAAGACAUUUAUGCUUUUUUUCUAGAUCAUGUAUAGUGACAUGGCAGGAAAGAGGGUCAGCUGCCGGACUGAUGCUGAAAGUUACAGGUACCUGUCGUAUCUUUAUGCUUUAGUUUUAAAAUAAAAACAGCGUGACUGUAGUUUAACAGCGAUUGAUGAUGACAAAGUGUGUAGACAUAUCAGUGAACUGCUGUUAACAUGGUUCACUGUUUUUAUGGAGUGGUCAGCUAACGUGGUUCCUGUGUUUUUAAUGUUUGUUUCUUCUUCCUGCUUCAAAAUUAAUGUGUUUCAUUUUUGGAAUCAACUGGUAGGAAUAUAACACAGUCACAUCCUGUUCAUGCAGCCAAGCUGUGGGUUGAAAGAUUUGACAAAGAAUCCAGACCCUUAUUCUGUUCCAGCAUUUACUCUGUUAUAUCUCACAGCUGGAGACAGGAGCAGACAGGAGCAGGGUGACCCCUCCCCCCCUCUGCUGUGAGUUCCCCUAAAUUAGAGGGUUUUUUUUCCUCCUAUGGUGCUCGUCACAGAUUUGAGCGUGUUCUCUGGAGCUUUUCAGACAUAAAGUAGGUCUUUCCUCCUGUUGCUGACCCAGUACACGUCUUCUUUCUCAUCUGGAGACGAGUCUUUAAAUAAUUGGGAGCACACGUUUAUAGGUCACACUGUCUCUGUUUUUCUGCUGUGUAGGGAACUUUGAUAGUGAACAAAGAUCUGUGCUGGAAAUAACAGUAGUUAAAUGUGAAAACUUAAACUUGAAAUAUUUCACUUUUCAUUGGAUAUUAUGCAGAAUGAGUUUCGAAACCAAAACAGUCUAAAAGUACGGAAGCCCUAAGUGGACAUACAGCCAUACAUUUAAUUUAACUCCAGUGAUGAGCAAAUGUGUUUCCUUGAGAUUUCAAAUUUAUUAUCUUGUUAUCUGGAGAUUACAAUGCUGGCUUCCUUCUGAUAACAAGUUAAUUUCUCUUGAUAUUGAGAAAAACAGCUGGUUUAAAGUUGUUGUAAGAGGAAAAAGGAGAUAAAUAAAAUGUAUGAAUGCACGUCUCUACUGGGCGUCCAUAUGGAAACACACCUGUCCAGGCUAGAAAACGCUGAUGUUUCACUCUGAAGGCACAUUUUGGUUUUUACAUUCCCUUGUAUAUGUGAAGAGAUAGUUUGACAUCUUGGAAAUGUGUUAUUUAGCUGAGUUAGGGAGGAAGGUUUAUACAACCGGAGUAAACGUGUGGUCAUUAUCAGACAGUUAGGUGAUAGCUUAGCUUAACAGGGACAGAAAAUCAGCUAGCCAGUUAGAAGCAGCUACUGGUAAAUACACGGUGUGGCACAUAUCCCAAAAGUGAAAGUAAUUUUUUUAAUACUUCUGUGUGUGUGUAAAUUACACAAAUAAGAUAAACCAUAUUAACCAGUGAGUUAAGGAGUCCAUAAAAUGCUAUUAAACUCUCAAAAGCUAGCUGUUCGUAUUCUAAGCUAACAGUCUCACGGCUGUAGCUUAAAUUUUAGCGUACAGAUAUGAGAAAAGUAUAGUUCUUCAAAUUCAGAGAAAAACUAAUAUUUUAAAUAAUUAUCAGGGGAAAUUAAGUGGUUUUCUUUCCUUUCUUUUGUACUUUACAUUUUAGUACCUAUUUAUUAAAUAUCGGUCAGCACCAUUUUAAUGAACUGAAAUUAACAAAACAUUCGAAAUUUUGAUCUAUUCGUGGCCUGGUAGAGUUAAAAAAAAAAAAAAAAAAAAAAAAAGGAAAACCCAUGCAGCAUCUCCAGCUGUAAAAGAAGACACUGUGAAAGAGAGAAGGAAAAUCACAGCUCUUGUUGGUUUACAUUUACUUCAACACAGCUCCCUUCUCCUCAAACGGUUUCCUUCUUGUUGCUAUGGUUAAGGUGUCUGCAGCUCUGUCUUUGAGAGAAAAAAAAAAAGAGGUUUCUGUUGCAGGGAUGGAAAUGUAGAGACUGUUAAGAAAACAGCUUUGAGGAGCAAACGCGUCCUGAUCAAAACGCCACGGGUUCAGACAGGACGUUUCAGUAGUGACACCGCCUGGCGCCUGGUGAUGGGUUUCGCUGUGGUGUUUGAGGCUGAGAUGAGAACAGUUCACUGGUCUGCUGCUGAACAGAAACAACUCUGAAGCUGCAGUUAGUGAGCUGAAAAAGCACAUAUCAGACUGUCUCAGUGGAUUGUGAAGCUUAAACUCGUACCACUGUCUGCUAUUGUGCCAGAACUCUGCAAACAAAAUAUGAACCAACACAUAGGAUUAAAGACCACUUUAGUGAUCUAACAACAAACAUCCAGGUGGCUACUAUGAAACAUGAUGUAGGAAAUAAAGGAGUAGUUUGAGGGUUUCGUGUGUCUGUGUGUGGAUGGUUUCCUGCUGUCUGGAUCUGUUGUCAUCUAGUCACAAGUAGCGCCGCCUUUUGCACAAGGUGGUACACCUGUAUUUACUCCAUUGAAACAUCUGUACGAUAUGUGAUCAGCUCUUUGUAUCUUAUGAUCCUGUAUGAAUAAAAGCGUCAUUAAACAGGAGUCUAAUGUGA